AGUCGAACCUGGAGCAGUGACAGAUGAAUUGUCGAAAAUAGAGGAAAAGGGAACGCGGGCGACUCUCCCGUGCACAUACAAAAACAUGUUUCCUAAAGGCAAAAGCUCCGUCGUGCCAUCGGAUGGUCAAGCUCGGGAAAAGUUAGCUUUGUAUGUUUAUGAGUAUUUGUUACACAUUGGUGCUCAGAAAUCUGCUCAGACUUUCCUGUCAGAGAUUCGAUGGGAAAAGAACAUCACGCUGGGAGACCCCCCUGGGUUCCUGCAUUCCUGGUGGUGUGUUUUUUGGGACCUCUACUGUGCAGCUCCAGAGAGGAGAGACACAUGUGAACAUUCAAGCGAAGCCAAGGCUUUCCAUGAUUAUAGUGCUGCUGCAGCCCCCAGUCCAGUUCUUGGGAAUAUGCCACCAGGAGAUGGGAUGCCCGGUGGACCAAUGCCUCCUGGAUUCUUCCAGGGCCCUCCAGGCUCGCAGGCGUCCCCUCACGCUCCUCCCCCCCCUAACAGCAUGAUGGGACCCCACGGCCAGCCGUUCAUGUCCCCUCGCUUUGGGGGAGGACCAAGACCCCCUAUCAGAAUGGGCAACCAGCCCCCAGGUGGAGUUCCAGCCGCCCAGCCAAUGCUCCCCAACAUGGAUCCUAGACUACAGGGGCCGAUGCAGAGGAUGAAUGUUCCUAGAGGAAUGGGUCCUAUGGGCCCCGGACCCCAGGGUUUUGGAGGAGGGAUGAGACCACCACACAACUCAAUGGGUCCUGGGAUGCCAGGAGUGAACAUGGGGCCUGGAAAUGGCAGACCACCGUGGCCAAAUCCAAAUGCCAACAAUAUGCCAUAUUCAUCACCAUCUCCUGGAGCAUAUGGUGGUCCACAAGGAGGGGGCCCUCCUGGAACACCUGGGAUUGUCCCCAGUCCAGCAGACUCCAACAACUCCAGUGAAAACCUGUACACCAUGAUAAACUCGGGAGGUGGAGGUCGCAACAACUUUCCCAUUGGCCCAGGCUCUGAGGGCCCUCUAGGGGCCAUGGCAGGAAUGGACCCGAUGCAUAUGAAUGGAGGUUCAGGAGACCUGGAUGGUCUUCCAAAGAACUCUCCUAACAACAUGAGUGGCAUGAGCAAUCCCCCCGGGACCCCCAGAGAUGAAGAUGUUGGAGGCAGCUACCUUCACUCCUUCCAGAAUGAGAAUUACUCUCCUUCCAUGACCAUGAGCGUCUGAUGCCAGUCUGUUUGCUCCAUUCUGGAAACUCACAGUUGGCCAUCAGUGACACAGACAGAGUACAUGUACAGCAAUUGGAAUUGGGUGGGACUGACCUGCAUCCUCACAAGUGGUCUCAUGCAAUAUCAAUAUCAUUUUUGUUGUUACUUUUUUUUUUUUUUUUUUUCAAUGGCUAGCAAAUCUUUUCUUCUCUCCAAGAGCUGAAGAUCUACAUGUGACUCAAUGCUCCUGGAUUUAGUUUUCUUGUUCCCCCCUCUGAGGCCAUCUCUUAUUAAGAAGCGAAGUAUGGUUACCGCUGACAUAAUUGCUGGAUGUGUGUACAUUUUGUGCCGAAGAGGAAUAGCCGCAGUUCACUCUCUCGAAAUCCGACAUCCAACUUCAGCAUGGUUUACACGUACCAAACUUCCUCCGACUUGACACUGAACUCUCAUAUGUGGCCUUGAAUUCUGUGAAUAUUUUAUUGCCUUUCGAUGACCUGUUUUGAUUUUUCUCCAUCAAGUGAUGAGAGAGUCCAGUCUUUUCUGAACACGGGAAGACUCACAGUUGUAUUUUCCUCAUACACUGUCAUUUUUGUUUCGUCUUCAAGCAUUAUUAAGCAGCUGCUUUUAAGGAAUAACUGCAUUGACGGGUCCCAUCCUGAAUAUGACUUACGAUUUCGUUUUUCUGCACUGAUUUCAUGUUUUUCUUGUUUAUUUCUUCUGAAAUGUAACUGCUGUCUCAAUCUUUGGUCAAAGACUGAAUGAUACGUCGAUCCUCUCAGAUGCUGACCCUUACAAACAUACUACCUACGAGACCUUCUCAGAGCUCUUUGGGCAGGUGACUGGAUUACGCACGCCUGGAUGCGUCUCUCUGCAAAAUGUUUGGCCGCUGUUGCGUUUUAAUUAUGUCAUAAUGAAUUUGUGAUGGUUAAAGAUUACCCAUAUCAUGUUUUUCUUCUUUUAUAUAUGUAAUUCCCUGCCAUGUGCCUCUUGUUUUAGCUCUGAAAUGGUUUGAUAUUGCCUCAAAAGGACAUCGCCUUGGUAAGCCAGACUCUAGUGUGUUUGGGGUUUUUUUUGUGUUAGGUUUUAUUUGAGCAACAUCAGACAAAGUAAUAAUACAGUUAGAAUGGUAACUUAUUCUAUUUAUACAGACAUUUGGUCAUUGUUUUACAUUUUAGUAGUUGUUUUGCACUGCUUUUUUUAGCUUGUGCAUCAUACUUAACUGUGGGCUGAAUAGGCUUGUUUGUAUAUUGACUACUAAAUUAUUUGGCUCCUUUCUAAGUUUUUUUGUAAUGUUUUUCAGUCAUUCAUACUAAUUCAAACAGGAAAGCAGAGUUUCAACCUGACUUCAGUUUCCAGCUUAUUGCUUUUAAAGAGAAAAGGGAAAGUUCAAUGUGAAGUUAACUUUGGAAAAUGAUGUAAAGCUGUUGAUGUUCCCCGACUUCUUUAGGGUAGCGUCUCUCCAGAGGGCCAAGAUCCAGCCAUUUGAUUUCCAUGUAAAUCAUUCUCUUUGAAUCAGUGAACCAGUUUCGAUGUAAGAUAAAGUUGUUCCCAAAUUGUC